AAAAGGGUUGGUGCAUUUAGUGUACAAAAACACAAAACAAUGGGGAGAGAUUGGAAAGCAAUGCAAGAAAGAUUCGAUGAGAGAAUUUCAAAGGGCAAAUUUGGGAGGUUCUUCAAGUUGGAGGCUAGAAAAACUUCCUUCAUGAUGGAGCUCCGGGCAGCGACCGCCACGUUCGUCACCAUGGCUUACAUUGUCUCCGUAAACGCCACCAUCUUGGCGGAUUCUGGUGGAACAUGCUCUGUUGCUGAUUGUACAGGAUCUGUCGAUCCAGAAUGCAUUGUCAAAGAAAAUGUUGGGUAUCAAAGUUGUCUUGCUAGAAUUAAGAGUGACCUUAUAGUCGCCACGGCUUUGUCCUCGAUGAUUGGCUCGGUGGCUAUGGGCUUGCUGGCGAACCUCCCGUUCGGGCUUGCUCCCGGGAUGGGAGCUAACGCUUAUUUGGCCUACAAUUUGGUGGGCUUCCAUGGGACCGGGCCCAUGUCCUACAAGACUGCCAUGGCGGUUGUGUUAGUUGAAGGGUGUGCUUUUCUUGGCAUUGCGGUUCUUGGGCUUCGUGCAAAGUUGGCCCGGCUCAUACCGAGCUCGGUCCGGCUUGCAAGCGCCGCUGGAAUUGGUUUGUUUAUUGCAUUUGUGGGGUUGCAAGCUCACCAAGGUGUGGGCCUAGUGGGCCCUGAUCCGGCUACAUUGGUGACACUUACGGCUUGUAAGAGUACGAAUAUUGACACCGGCGCAUGCAUCGGAGGAAAAAUGCAAAGCCCGACGUUUUGGCUCGGCACGGUGGGCUUUCUUAUAAUGUGUUUUGGGAUAAUGAAAAAUGUCAAAGGGAGUAUGAUAUAUGGCAUGGUUUUUGUAACCCUAAUUUCAUGGUUUAGGGGCACUUCAGUCACAAUUUUUCCUCAUACACCACUUGGAGAAUCAACCUAUAAUUAUUUCAAGAAUGUUGUAGAUUUUCAUAAGAUUGAGUCCACUCUUGGGGCUAUUAGCUUUACUCAUUUCAACAAUGGUCAAGUUUGGGUAGCUUUAGUCACAUUGCUAUACGUCGACGUGCUCGCCACGACCGGCACAUUGUACACUUUGGCAGAAGUCGGAGGCUUUAUAGACGAAAAGGGUGUCUUCGAGGGGGAAUACAUUGCCUACAUGGUCGAUGCAGGUACAACUAUUGUAGGUUCCGCGCUUGGGGUUUCCCCAAUCGCUACAUUUGUUGAAUCAACGGCCGGGAUCAAAGAGGGAGGCAGGACAGGGUUAACGGCCGUGAUCAUUGGAGUGUACUUCGGCUUGUCUAUAUUUUUUACGCCUAUUCUCACAAGUGUUCCUCCAUGGGCGAUAGGCCCAUCCCUCGUGAUGGUAGGAGUGUUGAUGAUGAAAGUGGUGAAGAACAUCGAUUGGGACAAUGUCAAGGAGGCGGCGCCCGCAUUUGUGACCAUAGCCCUAAUGCCAUUGACGUAUUCUAUCGCGAAUGGUAUCAUAGGAGGGAUAGGGACCUACAUUGCGCUCGAGUUGUAUGAACGGAUCGUGGGAUGGGUCAAAUGGCUAAUCGAGAUGAAAGGUAUGGUGGUGAAAGAGCAAAACCAAGUGUCGGCAACGAACAUCGCAUAUUCUAACCAUGAGAAUGUUUAAGAUGUUCGAGAAAAGAUUGCAAAUAUGAAUCCUAGACCUUAGUAGAUGCUAAGAUAGGUUCAUUUCGACAUGGUGAUGUUCAUAAUGUAAUAUUAGAGGUUGGGAAUGCACAAGUCACCGUGAGAUGGUCUAAUGGUGUUGGCAAAAAUGAAUGACCUCUCAAGGGCAUUUGUGCAUUUUCUUCUUUACUACUUUCUUGAAAUAUUUUAGGAAUCACUUGUCAAUGGUAUGCCAUUUUUCUUUUA